AUGCUUCAAAAGACGCCAACGGGAACGUGGCUGCCGGCCUGGGUGCCAGAGUCCAGUGUGACGCUUUCGGUGCUUCUUAUCUUAUGUUCCAUGGUGCAGAGUGCCACCAACGGGUACGAUGGCUCUAUGCUCAACGGGCUCAACAUCUUGCCGUCGUACCUCGACUACUUUGAGCUCAACACCGCUACCACGGGCCUCAACACGGCGUCAGUCUUCAUCGGCGGCUUUUUCGGCCCCAUCAUAUCCGGCGUUGUUGCAGACCGACUUGGUCGCCGUCCAGCCGUCUUUUGGGGCUCCGUCAUCACGCUCGUCGGCAUCGUGCUGCAGACUGCCUCGCAGAACAUUGCCAUGUUUGUCGUCGCGCGCAUCGUCCUCGGGUUUGGUGUUGCCCUAUCUGGAAUUGCAAGCGGCGUCUACCUGAGCGAGACGUUUGCGAGUCGCUACCGCGCCUGGGGCGUCGGCCUUCUCAACGACUUUUAUUAUGUCGGUGCUCUCAUUGCUGCCGGCAUCACGCUUGGCACCGGCGAGUGGCAGUCGACCUGGGCCUGGCGCGCGCCCUCGCUGUUUCAGGGCAUCUUUUCCAUUUUGUGUAUCGCGAUCCUGCCAUUCAUCCCCGAGUCGCCCCGCUGGCUGGUCCACGAAGGCCACUUUGAGGCGGCCCGCGCCGCCGUCGCCCAGGCCAACUCCAAUGGCGACAUCUUCGAUCCCGUGUCGGUCGCCGUGUACAAGGAAAUCAUCGACACGCUCGAGUGGGAGAAGAAGGACGGCCGCACCAUGAGCCCGCGCGAAAUCGUGCGCACCCCCUCAGCCCGCCGGCGGCUGCUGAUUGGCAUGUCGGCCGGCCCCUUUUCUUGCGUGGUUGGGAAUAUCAUCGCGUCGUACUACCUCGGCCCCGAGUUGGACACGGCCGGCAUUACCGAUACCGUGUCACAGCUCAAGGCUAACGUCGUGCUCAAUGUAUGGUGCCUCUUUUGCUGCUUGCUGGGCACGCACCUCGUGGCCAAAUGGGGCCGCAAACCGACGGCGCUUCUGACCCAGGUAUUGCUUGUCAUCUGCCUGUUCAUCAUUGGCGGCCUGUCCAAGAUGUACGCCGACAAUCCGGACGGCGCUUCGUCGAGCCUAGUGUACGGCGACGUCGCCGUCAUGUUCCUGUUCCAAGGGUUCUAUUCCAUCGCAUGGACACCGCUGUUGCUCCUGUACCCACCCGAGGUCAUGAAUUACUCGAUCCGUGCCAACGGCCUGGCCUUUUCGAGCUUCAUGCUGAAUGCUUUUGCCGUCCUCUUCGUCUACAUCAUGCCAAUUGGCUUGAACAACAUUGGCUGGAAGAUGUACCUCGUCAACGCAUCCUGGGAUAUUGUUAUUGCCGUUCUGAUUGCCGUCUACUGGGUUGAGACCAAGGGCAAGACGCUCGAAGAGAUCGACGCCAUCUUCGAGGGCGAAAAGCACUCAGACGUCCCCGACGUUGAGGCCGUCCGCCGCGGCGAGAAGUCCAUUGAUGUCGCCGCCAUCGAGAUGGAGCUGGGCGAAAUGAAGCAACCUGGCGUUGAGGUUCGGGAGGAUUAG